ACAGAUAGAGUUCUCUCAAGUAACCACAUCAACUUCAACAAUGACAGCAGCUAAGUUUGCUCUGUAUGUGACGUGUCUUCUCAUGGGGAGGAUGGAUGCGAUAACCCAGGAAUCGUCCUCGUCUUCACGUUUCCUGUCGGUCAGUGUUGGUGAAGACUUGACCUUGGAAUGCUUCCAUGAAGACAGCUUGGCGUUAAUGUUUUUCUGGUAUAAACAAAGUCUGGGGCAGGAACCAGAGCUGGUGUCUAAGUUCUAUAAGCAUGACAAAAGUGGCUCUCUGAUUGGUGAAUUUAAGAAUGAUCGACGCAUUGAACUGGAAACUAGCCCUGGGAAAUAUAAUGUGAGGAUCACAGAUGUGCAAAUCUCAGACUCGGCUACUUACCACUGCAUGAGUGGCUAUUCCUAUGUGUACGAAUUCAUGGAGGGCAUUAUUGUCCACGUAAAGACUUCAGAUUUGAACGUCCCACUGUUCAUCCACCAGUCUGCAUCUGAGACCAUCCAGCCAGGAGACUCUUUGACUCUGACCUGUACAGUCCACACUGGGACCUGUGAUGGAGAACACAACGUUUACUGGUUCAAAAACUCAGAAAAAACAAAUCCAGGACUCAUUUUCACCCGUGGAGGCGGGAAUGAUCAGUGUGAGAUGAACCCCAACACAGAUACAACCACCUGCGUUUACAACUUGCCAAUGAAGAACCUGACCCGUUCUCUUGCUGGGACCUACUACUGCGCUGUUGCUUUAUGUGGACGCAUUCGGUUUGGAAACGGGACCACGGUGGACAUAGAAGAUGGUGUAGACAGUCUCGUCUUGGUGUAUAUAUUGAGUGCAGCUUUGGCUCUUACAACCAUCCUUGCUGUUUUACUGGCUUACAAAGCAUUUACAACAUACAAGGCGACCAGCCACAAAUGCACAGGCCCUGAAGCAAGAACCUCAGCUGCAUUGGAGCCCAACGCAGAGGGUGACCAGGAUUCAGAGAACCUCCAUUAUGCUGCCUUAAGGAGGAACAAGGCCAACAGAUCAACAAGACAGAGGGACGACAGCUCGAGUGAAUGUGUUUAUUCUGGUGUCAGGCAGUAAAACCAUAGCAACCCCUCUCUCCUCGCGUUCACAUGAAGGAGUUAUCAAUUAGAACGCACCAUAAUUAAACACCACUAAGCCCAAUCAGCGGACAAAAUUGUUCUUGGCUAGAGCUGCAAUUGCCUGUGGCCUGCAUUGUUGUGUUAGCAUGCUAAUGUUAGCAUGCUUUAGUUAGCCUACAGCUUCACAUUUCUUGCAAAUUGAGACAGAAUGACCGUGAACUAAAAACGCUUAGGCCUAGUUGACGUUCAAAAUAAGCAGUGAGUAUAUUAUUCUUCUUUUUUCUAGUCGUUGACUAAAACAGAUUUUAUACACAAGGGGAGGAGACCACAACACAACCAGCAGGACUCACACUUCUCUCUCAUUGAAGACAGUCAUGAGUCAGAGAAACAUUUACACAAGGUUUACUGGAUUUCUGCUCCUUUUAGGUGUAAACUGUCGCACACUCUUCCUUUAAAAUAGAUCGGAUGAGUUUUGAAAAACAUCAUCCCAAAACUCUUUCUUUAACUAGACUGUAAUCAUGUUUAUAUCUGCUGUAA